AUGGCGCAAGCAGAGAUGGUAAUACAGGGUGUGGAGGGGGCAACUCAAGCAGUGGUUGGGGUAGCAGAUGCCGCUGCUCACAUUAUGGACGUUGCGAGGGAUGAAGCAGCCAAAUGUAAGGAAGCCGCCAGAAACGACAACAAUGAAUUCAACAUACGCAAAAAUUUCCUCGAUAACGCGGUCAACUCCAUCAAAACGGCGACAUGCGGACAGUACAAUAUCGUUAUUGCAACAGAUCAACAAAAGGACGAUUUCCAGAAUCUCAAGGGCCAGAUUCUUCCUAUGGACCUUCUCGAUGUGGAAGUAUCCCAAGGCAAAAUUGUCAAUUUCGAAGUCUACGUGUUCGACACCGGAAACUAUCUCAGACACGGCAAAUACGAGCAAGAUUCCUGGUGGUAUUUUGGGGAGUCAAAGAAAUGGUACGACCCCAUGGCUAUGCACGUGGACUUCGACAACGCACAGAAGAAGCUCGACCCGGCUGCAAUCAAGAAGCAGCAGGACGACAAAGCGGCAUCGGACAAGACCGCAGCGGAUGCGGCGGCUGCAGCAAAAGCCCAACAGGACAGAGCGUCUGCAAGCAAUGCCGCUGCGCUCAAUACUGAUGCUGCUGGAAAGGCUCAAGCGGCGCAAGCUACAGGUGGGACGGCGAAGAGUACUCCGGCACCGAGCGCACCAGCUGCUCCGGGAUUCACAGACCAUCUCAUGUCCGCCGCCGCCGGCCCGAUGAUGUCAAUGUUCGUGGGAAAGGCUGUGGCUAAGUAG